GAUAAACAGAAAUGUUCAAGGCCGUUGUAAUCUUAAGCUUCAUUCUGGGAUUGGCAACUUUAUGUCUUUGUCAACUGAAUUUCUCUCCAGGUUGGGGAAAACGUAGCCAGGAAGAGUGUAAACUCAACACGGAAGCAGUAUUUUACAUUUACAAAACCAUACAAAACGAAAUAAAGAAACUUGUGGAAUGUGAAAAGUUAACAAGAUAGAAGAAAAACCUCUGAAUGGCAUCAAAGUAUCUGAAUUAGUAUUAAAAAUGAGAUUUUCAUGUUAAUAUGUAGUCAAUAAACUGUUGAAUCGAUAUGUCUUUU